AUGCAGUUCAACAUUACUUUCCAGGACUUUGAAUUGGUCCCCGAAAAUGUCCGUUUGGCCUUCUGCAUCUACACAUGGAUCGUGCAGAUCGUCAACUUCAUCACGUAUUCGUUUACCAUGUAUUGUGUGUGGGUGUAUUCGGCGGACGUCAUGCAUACCUACAAGUGGUAAGAGACUGUUCCUGAGAUUGUGUGGUUCAGUUGACUGGUUGAUAAGACAAUUUUAGGUAUAUUAUGAGCUCGUUAACUUCGAUCGAAAUGUAUUUGAUGAUCAUGUCGUCGUAUGAGAUCGAGCUGUUCCCUUAUUACAAUUUUACAUUAUCCAGAGGAAUUAUCGACUACUUUCACGUAAGUUGUCAUCUUUAGAUAGAAUUAUGGAUAAGGUGAUAUCAGUCUGUCGGGAAAAUAAUGUGGAUUUGUCGCAAAAAAAUCCUUGUCGCUGUCGCGAACCAUAUCUCCAGUCGCGGCUUGCAGUCGCAAAGCUAUGAUGGGCGAUUCCGAGGCACGACGAAUACACAUUAUUUUCCCGAUAGAUUGAUAUUGUAAUAUUACAAAGAGUCAACGCAAUUUCUGUGAAGACAAGUGGGAAACCACGGAGGGCAGAAAAUCGGAUUUUUCCAAAAAAAAUAUCAGUCUGUCGGGAAAAUAAUGAGCGGAAUGUCGCUGCACGUCGCUGAAGUAAAAAGCAAUUUGAUUUUUCCGCGACACAAUUCAUUUUUUUGGCGACGAUGCUAUUUUUGAUGCGAUAGAGUGCUCACUAUUUUCCCGACGGACUGAUAGUAUGUGGGCGACGCCUGCAAAGCUCAAGUUGAACUUUCUUGGAAAUGGAUAUCUGGUCUGCGCCCGACGUGCGUGCCAAAUCUAUCACUCUUCUGCCGAGAAAAAAGUGAAACAUUUGUUUAUUCAAAAUCGCUGCGAACAACAAAACCUUUGUCGUUGUCGCAGCGGAGCGCAUGUUUCUUGCGACGCCGAGUCUUUUAUCGAAACGACAAAGUGUUUCAUUUUAUUCGACUGUUGUCAGUCUGUCGGGAAAAUAAUGAGCACUCUGUCGCAUCGAAAAUCGCAUCGCCGCUGAGAAAAUGAAUUGUGUCGAGGGGAAAUCAAAUUGCUUUUCAUUUCAGCGACGCGAUCGGCGCAGCGACAGAGCGCUCAUUAUUUUCCCGACAGACUGAUAAACAAAAUCUGAGCAUCGCAUUUACCACCCCUCCUUGUCAAUCAUGAAAUACUACAUUUCAUAUCCUCUUUUACAGAUUCCCCGAGCUGCCGUUCUACUCCAAGGCAUCAGUUUCACCUUCUUUGAAAUGUACACGGUCACCACGCUUUGCCGAUUUUUAUAUCGUUAUGCACAAAGCACCGACAAGCCGAGGUUGUUGUACGUCAUGUCGCAUCGUUGGUUCUUUCUGGGGCUCUUUUGUUUUUUCUUGUUUAUCCUUGGCAUGACCGCUGUGGGAUUCAUGGGAUCGAGGAUGGAAGGGACUUGCAAGCACAAUUUCCCAAUAACAGUUUAGUUUUGAAGGAAUAUGUGACUAGUCAUAGCAUCACUGUUAUAAGGGUAAGUCGAAAGAUUUAUUUUGAAUUUCUUUAAAUGUACCCCAAAGGUAUUAUCAGUCUGCCGGGAAAAUAAUAAGUACUCUGUCGCAUCAAAAAUCGCAUCGCCGCCGAGAAAAUGAAUUGUCUCGCUGCAAAAUCAAUUUUGUUUUCACUUCAGCGAAGCGAAUGGCAGGCACAUUGUGCUCAUUAUUUUCCCGACAGACUGAAAUACUAUCGCUGAAAAAAACAGUGGCCCAAAAAAUCUUAAUGUUAGAACCGUGCGGAGACGAGCUUGCGGCAUGUCGCAUCUAUGCAAACGGAAAAUUGACGCAGCAACAUAGCGCUGACUAUUUUCCCGACAGACUGGGAUUUAUUCUCACCGUGACGUUUGUGUUUUGUUAUGUUUUGAUUUUUUUGCCGUGCAAAGGAACUUCAGAAUAACGGCCGCACGGCGCAUAGACAUGUCAAGAGUUUUUUUUUCCGGCUAGACAUGGCUCUGGAGCCAGGCCGAGAAACCAUGUCUGGACCCGAGAGCCAUGCCUAUUAGUCUGCCGGGAAAAUAAUGUGCAUUCGUCGCGCCUUCGAAUCUCCCGUCAUCGUUUUGCAACGGUUAGAUGCGGCUGGAGAUUUUCAGCGCAAUUGCGAAGACGCGGCCAUUUUUCAGCAAAAAAUCGACAUUAUUUUCCCGACAGACUGACAUUACAUAUACCUCUGACCUCUCGCAGAGAUUUUAAGACUCAAAAGUUUGGUCUUGCCAUUUCAGAGCGGCUAUACCACUCGCACAAAUCCACAUUUUCCCGACAAACUGAUGCUACACUUCUGAGCUUUUGUAGAGAUUUUAAAAACCAAAAAAUUUCUUAUCGGCAUUUCAGACCGGCUACACCACUCGCACCUUCAAAUUCGUCAUCUACCCGCUAACCCUUGUCGUCGGCUCCAUCUGCACCUUCAAGUGUUAUCAAUUCCAAAACAACCCCUCCAACAAGUUCAGCGAGCGCACCAAGCAGAUGUAUCAUCUGCUGAUUCUCGGGCUAGUAAUCGAAAUGUUGGCCGAGUUCUUUUGGUUCAUCAUUCCCUACGUCUGUGUUCCGAUUUAUUUGCCCGUGGAGAAGCAGAUCAUUGGGUAUUAUGUGGUCUAUCGAAUGUUCUACGCCUACCCCUCGUUCGUGAUGAUUUUCACGCUGGUCUUCUACAAGCGAUACAACACGGGAGUCAGGGAGAUUUUCGGGUUCAUCCGGGAGAACUUUAAAAUGCAAAAUGCAUCUGUUAGCGACCCAUGGACGGGCGGAAGAACUGUGGAUUAA